AUGGCCUUCUUGAUGUUUGGCGGCGCAACCCUCUCCGUUGGCGCGGCGGCGCUGGUCGUCUACCUCGCUGCUAUAGCUGUCUAUCGCCUCUACUUGAGCCCCAUCGCAAAGUUUCCCGGCCCCAAGCUCGCCGCCCUGAGCAACUGGUACGAGUUCUACUACGACGUGGUUCGCCAGGGCGAGUUCACUUGGCAGAUCCAGAAGCUGCACAAGCGGUACGGCCCCAUCCUCCGCAUCACGCCAACCGAGCUCCACAUCGACGAUCCCGAUUACUACGAUGUGCUCUACACGCGCGGCUCGGGCCGCCGCAACAAAUACGCUUACUUCUCGGGCCGCUUCGGGUACGCGAGUGACACCUUCUCCACCGUCGACCACGACCUCCACCGGCUGCGGCGCAAGGCCAUCAGCCCCUUCUUCUCGGUCGCCAAGAUCGCCGACUUCCAGCCCGUGAUCCGCGCCAAGGUCGACAAGCUGUGCAAGAAGCUGGACGGCUAUGCCGCCGCGAAGGGCAGCGUCGUACGCCUCAGCAGAGCUUGGAUGGCGCUGACGACCGACAUCAUCACCGAGUACGCGUUCGCCAAGUCGUACGACCAACUCGACAGCCCCGACUUCGCCGACACGCUGCACGAGGCUCUCGUUGCGAUCUACGUCACGGGCCACUUCGCCCUGCACUUCCCCAUCGUGUUCCCCAUUCUCGACCUGCUGCCCGAAUGGUUGGUGAAGUGGGCACAGCCCGAUAUCAUUCCCGUUGUUGGACUGCGAAAGACAAGAUCCGCCCCUCGCUCCACGUCGACAUGCGACCUCGCCGAGCGAGUCCGCCAGAUCCGCGACGGCAUCAACAAAGGCCACGAAGCCGCCGCGCACCCGACCAUCUUCCACGAGGUACUCAACAACGACGAGCUGCCCCCGGACGAGAAGUCCAACGCUCGGCUCGGCGACGAGGCGCAGCUGAUCGUCGCCGCCGGCCUGAUCACCACCUCGCGCGUGCUCAGCGUGGCGAGCUACUACCUGUCGACCCAGCCGGCGCUCGCCGCGAGCCUGCGCGCCGAGCUCGCGGCUGCCCUACAGCAGCAGCAGCAACAGCAGCCGUACGACGACUGGCGCCAGCUCGAGAAGCUGCCGCUGCUGCGCGGCGUGGUGCACGAGGCGGUGCGGCUGGCCCACGGCAUCGUCACACGCGACCCGCGCCGCGCGCCCGACGCCGAGCUGCGCUACGGCGACUGGGUCAUUCCGCGCAACACGCCCGUCAGCAUGACCACGUACGACAUCCUCAUGAACGAGCGCAUCUUCCCGGAGCCGGAGGCGUUCCGGCCGCAGCGGUGGAUCGGGCGGCCCGAGCUGGAGCGCUAUUUCGUGCCCUUUGGCAAGGGGUCGCGGCAGUGCUUGGGGAUCAACCUGGCCUUCGCCGAGCUCUACAUCACCAUCGCGACCGUCUUCAGCCGCUACGAGUUCGACAUGUUCGAGAGGGACGAGACAGACGUCCGGAUGGCGCACGCCUAUCUCGUGCCGUAUGCCAAGUGGGAGUCGAAGGGCAUCCGGGCGACCGUGCGGAAGGUGCAGCAACCCAAUUCAUGGGGUUCGCUGGCUGACGACGAAGCGUUCGGUGGAUCGACAUAG